AUGAACGAGAAGCUCUUCCCCGUCAAGUACGGCGACGCGUUCUAUGAGUACGUGGCGCACGCCCCGGAGGGAUACUGCAAGCUCGCUUACGGUGCUGACGGCACUGCGAUCGGAUCGGUGUGUUGCGAGGUGGAGAAGGUGAAGAUCUCGGGCAAGCGCCGCUAUCGCCUGUGCAUCCUGACGAUCGGCGUGCUGGAGGAAUACCGACGCUCGAAGCUAGGCAGCUUACUGCUUGAGAGCGUGAUCGCGCAGGCCCGCAAGGACGGGCUCGCUUACGUGUAUCUCCACGUGCAGAGCAGCAACACGGCGGCGCAGCGCUUCUACUUAGCGCGCGGCUUCGAGGUAACCAAGGUUAUGCGCAACUACUAUUCGCAGCUCACGCCGCCGCACUGCUUCGUACUGCGCCGGUAG